AUGCCUUCUGCUAGUCAAGUCGCCGGCGGCGACGACGACGCUUCGUCCUCCUCGUCGCCUUCCUCAAAUCCUUCCACAUCGACAUACCGGGCUGCCACGCCACAGAAACAGAAACAGACACCUGGCAAUGACGCGCCUACCACUCCCAAAAAUCGAAAUGCCUCUGCUGGUCAGACUCCUAGGAGUGCGCCUGCCGCUGCUGCCGCAGGACUUGGUGCCGUGGCCGGCGGUACCAACCGGCCACGCCGCCUCUCACAGUCCCAAAAAGUCCAGCCUACUCUCCUUACUGACUUCUUUCUCGGCCGCCCGUCCCAAGCUCGUGUCCAAGCGCAACGUAAGAAGAUGAACGAUGUCGCCGCAGUCAAGGCAGAAAUGCGCACAGCUAUGCGCCAGUCAUCUGUUAUGAGACUGCAGCAACCUGGCGGUGUCCGGGACCGCGUCAAGAACUGGCAGAAAGCAAACGCUGCUGCCAUGGCCAGAGGCAACCCCGAAGCCGAACCAAGUGAGCCCACGGAUGUCGCAGCCGGUACUGACGACCAAAGCGUCACGGAAGAAGACCGCAUUCGCAUACGCGCCCGCCAGAAACUACGAGCCCCCAAACAACCGGCGGCUAAGAAGGAGUAUCCCAAAACCGACGGCGAAGAUAACGGUCCCAGCAGCGGGUUGAGAAAAAAAGGCAAGGCCGGUCUCAAUGACCGGUCUGGCAAAUCAGAAGGCGGCAACGAAAGUGAUCCUGGCUAUGACGUUUUUGAAGAUCCUGGACCCAAGUUCCACACGGUGAAGACUCCGAAAGGAAGGAAGGGUCUAAACGGGGUGAUCAAUGCUGGGGAAGGUAGUCCGCCGAAGAAGAGGAUUGUUAGUGACGAACACUGGAUGAAGCGGAGAACCCGAACCUCGCCAAAGACCCGAAGCCCUAAAACAAAAGCAGGAGCUGCCGCUGGAAUUGGAUCUUCGAUGCCAAUCCCGAAAGAUUUUCUUCAGCGGACAGCACAAAAUCCGUCCGUCAAAAACAAGAUCAAAGACUGGGCAAAUAGAGUCGAGCCGCACAGUCCCCCGAAAUCGCCACGCCGCGACUACCGCAAAGAAAGUCCCGUCGGCGAAGACGACGAGAGCGAUGUGACCAAAGGACCGGGACCGACGAGCUGGCGUAGUGCGCCUGACGACGGGAUCCGCGUUCGCCCUAUCCGCUCCACGAGAUCUGCAGAAGACAGCCGGGCUCGGGAACAACAACGUGCAGUGAAAGACAAUACCACUCGAUGGAAGAAGACGCAAGACGAUGACGGCAUCCGCAUCAGGCCAAUGCUACCCAAUGAGCCGACUGAGGACAUCAUCGAGGUGAUUCUCUCUGAGGAAGAAGAACAGGUCACCCCCCGCAAAAAGAAAACUAUACCCAACGACGGUAUCCGGGUCCAUCCCAGCAGGGCUACGAAUCCAAACGGCGACGCAAAAGAGAACUUCAACAAGCGCAGAGUCUCGGCAACAAAAAAGAACGCGCCUGUUUCAGCAUCCUCGCAAGAACGUCCCAGGACCGAAUCUCUUGGUACAUCCACUACGCAUAGUGCACCGACAGAGAGCACACAAUUUGAAGAAUCGUCCCUAAUUCCGGUUGACUCCAUCACCGAGGAGUCAGAGUCGGUCCUCCGUACCCCGACAAAGAAGCCCGUUCCAAGACCUCGCCCAAGGCUAAAGGUGAAAGAGCCAUUGCGGCGGAGGCGCAGUCCAAGUCCGACUGAGACUCGAGGUGACGAAACGAUGACAAGGAAUGGGUCUUUCCACGAAGGCUCAGUGGGAUCCUGGUCUGACAAUGACGAUGACAGCAACUCAAUUGCUGACUCCUACGGACCGUCCACCGUACCACCAAAAUCCCUAGCUGACAUUCCCGUGGGAUACUCCGCCUUUAGCGAACUUGAUUUACCUAUUCGCGGAGGAGGCGGCAGGGGAAGGCCCCGAACUGUGCGGAAAGAGAGCUUCAAAGGCGUUCCCAGUGUCCUGAAGAAGGUUGUCAGCGAGGGCAAAAAGAUUCUCCACGACAAAGUUGACCCACCCAAACCUGUGGUGAACCAGCCUCCGAGCAUCGAAAACUGGCUGCACGGCACAGUUGAUCCUUUUGUUGAGCCGACUCCGGCACGUAAGGUCUCAUCAGCGCAGGCCCGCCAGUCGACCGAGACGCAGUGGAAGAAGGAUGUACAGAGAAGGUCGACCUCAGAGACUCGGAAACGCGACAUCGGACGGUCCCCCACACAGUCACCAAAUGAAACCCGCAGAGUGAGCAGCCAGAAGGACUCGGAGUUCAAGUCCACGAUUCAGUCCGAGACGGAGCUUACUACCACGGACACUGUGACAACUGCGACAAAAACGACGCCUGUUAAAACCCGCUCCUCUCCCGCAACGACGCCGGAACCAGUUCCAGAAACCCCGAAAUCGAAAACGGAGCCUGUGAGCGGUCUCAAGCGGAGCGGAGCUACUAGAAGUGCACCGUCUCCUCUGAAGUCGGGAAGCGCCAAGAAACCUUUCAGAGAACUUCUCCGCGACGCUUUCCGAGGCGAGUCUGGUGUGGUAUACAAGCCAACAACGCCAAUCCCCAGCUACGAGACCGUACGAGACCGCAACCGGUACUUGGGAACGGAAUCUGAGGAUAGCUAUGAAGACACCAUUGACGAGUGUAAACCACGCCGUCGCUCAUCUGGUGCAUCAUCCAAGAGCGGCACGCUGACUGCUUUCACAGAAUCGGCUGUUGAUUCUGGAAUCACUGAGAGCAGUGAUGGAAGCAGCAGCUUUGUCAGCUCUGCCACGCCUUCAUCGGGCCUUCCCAGGCGUCGGCCCCCGCCAACAAGCGGUGAUCAUGAGUUGUCAACGAUUGUCUCGGUCGAGUCGUAUAGCACACAGCCAUCCGACACAAUGUCCACAAUCUCUGAGUCUACUGUGACGCAAGAUACCAUCCUUACGAAGGGUUCAGGGGAUCUUUCGCGACAAAAGAGCCAAAAGUCGUCCACGGGCCUCAAACGGCGCCUAACCAAGCACUCCGACCUUGUGUCCGUCUUGUCACUGCCAGAAGACUCCCAGCUGCCGGCACGUACAAGAAGCAUACGCCUCGCUCGCAGCCUACACAGAAAAACAAGCAAGCUCGACAACGCGAACCUAGACGACCUACUUUUGGAGUUCCAAGAAGACGAGAACAUUUACCGACGAGAACUCAAGACGCUUGCCAGUGGAGUCAUCCCCGUUCUGUUGACCCAGUUCGUCGACGAAAAGGGCGACGGCAGGGCCGCAGACGUUUUCCGUGUCGACCUCUCCAAUCAUAAGGCCGACAUUAUGUCGAGAGCCGUCGUCAACAUGGGCGUAAUGCUUGAGAAAUUAAGUCUGCUGCAUCAGUUCGUUCCCGUCACUGAUGCGCCCCGCAUGGUGGACUGGCUUGAGAAAGUCUAUCCAAUCUACGACAACUACCUCGAUGUCUGGCGACUGGGUUUCCAGGGCGUCAUUGUCAACCUAGCACCAGCGGCUGGCAAGUCGGUCGAAGAAGACUCGAUGGUCAACGGCAUGGAGCGCAACGAGGAGGGCGAUGUCCUCGACGAAAAUGGCGAGAGGGUGGACGUCGCAUAUUUGCUGAGACGCCCUCUUGUGCGAAUUAAAUGGAUGUUAAAAUUUGCAAAGGGCGUCAACAUUAUCCUCGGCAGAGGCGUGGCUGGCGAUAUUGUCUACAAGCUCGAAAACCUUCUUGAAAAGGCAAGACGACGCAACCGGGAAGAAAUUGCUCGCAAAGUGGACGAAGAUGCAAGCAGUACCGAUACGACACGGGUGCGCGACCUCCGCACCCUUGCCGUCCUAGACAAUGUCAACAUCGACCAAACACGGCAAGUGAGCGCCAAGGAUUGGUUUGACUUGAGCCUCUCGCACUCCAAUGGCCAGAGACUUGACUGCCAAGUCGAACUUAUUUUCCGUGACAAGAUCAGUGAUGCGACGGAUCAGGGCGAUGUCCUGAUCCGGGAGACUGGUGGUGGCGACCAGUCUUGGCUCCUCUUCCCUCCGAUUCCCCGGUCGCAAAUCUCAGCAUGUAAGGGCCAGGAUAAUCUUUCGCUCACGGUGAUGAUUCGUGAUACCUACAAGGGGCGUGAGUGGUACGAGCUCAUUACCGUCGUCGCUGAGCUCGACGAGACAGCUGCCGACUGGCUGGACAUACUGGGAACGAGCCCAAUACCACCGCCAGCUUCAAACCGCUUGUCCCUGACUCCCCGAAACCCCGAGGAAGCAGAUGUACCUGUCGGCGAACGCAAGUUCAAGGGCGUCCUCGAGGAUGAGGCGCAAGUCGACAGCCUAAGAUCUCCGACGACGCCUACUCGGUACCACAAACGACGACCGUCUGCCCCGGGGUAUCCUGCUCGCAGCGGCUCAUCGAGCCACCCACUGCGUGAGGACAUGCACCCGGAUCCAUUACAGCUAAAGUCUUCAGCAAGUGCGCCGUCUAUCCGUGAUGAUGGCGCUCCUCCCCCGCCUGCUCACCGUGAGCCGGUUACAAAAGCGACCCCGAUCAUCGAACCUCCCGUCGAUCUCAAUCCCCCGGUAGCACGAGUCCGCCGUCGCACAUCAUCGCCCCUGAAGCACGAAUACCACCCAUCCGACAUUUCGUCAGGGAGCGAUUCGACAUCUGACAGCUCUGGCUCUGAGUCUGACUCGUCAUCGGACGAACUUGAGGAGGACGAUGUGCCCGACACACUUCCUGGCAUCAGCAUUAAGCAACCGGACCUCAGCGCCGCAGAGUCGGUUGUUUCGGAGAGUAGUAUCACACCCUCCAAUUCUGCCUCGCAAGCUGGCCUUCCUGGACUCCAAGCAUCGUACCCGUCCGAGUCCAAUCUGCAACUUAUGGCCUCUAUUUCCUACUGGUCCAACAGAAAGGGCCAGUGGAAGGAUCUUGGCGAGCCUUUCAGCGCCAUUGUUAUUUCGCCCGGCCUGAUCGAGGCCUACGUACCCGGGACACAUAUGACAAGCACCAAGCAUAGCCCCGGGUUCAACAGUCAAACCACACUGGAGCUGGAGGCUGGAGCACCACGGCCGCUCAUCGCCCUGGAUCUUACUCCCCUCGUCAUGAUCAGACAAAGCACAGUCGUAGAUCUAGAGAUUCGGUCCCCUGUUCGGUCAUUUGCAAAGUACUGCCACCUGGACGCAAACAUUUUCCGAUUCCGAACACAGUCACCUGCCGAACUUGGCAAACUUUAUGCAGCAGUGCAUGAAUCCCGGAUGAACAACGCCAAGUUCAAGGCCCUCGAAGAGGAAGCGCGUUUCCGCUCCUUUGGCCAGCCCCAGCCGACGGGCGACGCAGGCGACGAUACGAGCAGCCACCGUCGCCGGAGCUGGUUUGGCCGCAAGAACAGCUACCGCGCAUCGACACGAGCACCGUCGCAGUCUCAGGGUAGCUCGUCCAGUGUCUCGGCGACCAGCUUCUUGCGGAGACUGACAGGCGGUGGCAACACGGCCUUCAAUAUCAACGGCUCUUCAGUAGACCGGCAAAGCCGGGCUGGUAGUGGCGGAGCCAGCUUCUACACCUCAUCUGGAUCCUCUUCCGCUGGCGGUGGAGGCUUCUCGUUCACGGCCCCUCGGUCGCCGUCUGUCAGCCUUGCAGAGAGCAGCAGCCGUGGUAUCCAAGCGCUUGGGUCAUCAAACAUCAAGAUGCGUUGCCACUUGCAGACAUCUGCAAACAAAUGGGAAGACCGCGGAAACUGUUUCUUGACAAUUGCAAGACCGCCUCCCGGCAUGCGUCAAGAGCUGACCAUUUACCACGGCCUCGAGAAGCGUGUAUUGGUCGUGUCGAUUCCCAAAAAGGCAAACGAGAAGCCGCUAGUGGUGGUCGACGUUGUCGUCGGCAGCGCGUGUUUCUCGAGACUGGCUGCAAGAGGCAUCGUCCUCAAUGUGUGGGAGGAGAUCCGCGACGAGCAGAACCGCGUGGGCUCUGUGCCAUCUACGGGCGCCGUCAGUGGGCGUGUCCGCAAGUGGUGCUUCCAGUUCUCCAGCGCCGCCGUGGCCAGCUGGGUUUUUGGACUUGUCGCUUCAGAGGUCGAAAUUGCGUAG